AUGAGGAGGGACGAGACUUCUCUUCCAGCUGGGAGAGGCGCACAACAAACUUCUCCUGCAGUUUGGUUCCUCACUCCAUUAUUCUGGAUUUAACUCUGAUUUCUGCUUUGCCUCGUUCGGGAUGUAUGUUUGAUAGCCCUCAUAUAAAUUAGAGAUCUCCAAAAGAAUUUCUAAGCUUGGUUUGGAAGGAGAAUGAGGAUGAUGAUAUUGUCACUCCUUCUGUGUUUUCUCCUGUCUGAUGCAGCAGUUCGUGUUCAGGGCCAAACUCCUGGCACUGGAUGCACACAAAAAGCCGAAUGCCCCAUCGACCUGUACUUUGUCAUUGACACCUCGGAGACUAUCGCUCUGCAGGAGAACCCACCGGGUAGCCUGGUCAAAAGCAUCAAAGACUUCACCACCGCCUUUGCUAGGAAACUAGAAGACGUUGACUACAAAGGUUUAGUCCAGAUAAGCUGGUCUGUGGGAGGUCUCCACUUCUCCCAGCGGCAGGAGAUUAUUAGCCCCAUCACUAAUAAGGAGGAAUUCAUCAGUAAGCUCAGAGACAUCCAGUAUCUGGGCAAGGGCACCUACAUUGACUGUGCCAUCACUAACAUGACCCAGCAGCUGGUCCGCUCGCCAUCCAAAACCAACACCAAGCGCUUCGCUGUGGUCAUCACCGAUGGUCACGUGACGGGAAACCCAUGCGGUGGCAUCAAAGUGGCCGGUGAGCGAGCGCGUGACGAGCUCAUUAAGAUUUUCGCCGUUGCAUCGUCCGGGAAUCUGGAGGAGACGGGACUUCGGGAGAUCGCCAAUUCGCCCGCUGGUGUUUUUCGCAAUAAAUACAUGGCAGUUGAUCUCACGAUGGGGCGGCCUCUCAUUGUGACAUCAACAAUCAACCGCAUUUACGACACAAUGCUUCAUCUGGCGUAUCAAGAGUGCUACUCUACCAAAUGUUUGGAGACUCCGGGACAUCCAGGUCCUUCAGGAAACAAAGGACAGAAAGGAGUUAAAGGAGAUAACGGUGACCCUGGCCCUAAAGGUGACAGAGGGCGUCCUGGAGAUCUAGGUAUUGAGGGACCCAUCGGAUAUCCUGGACAUAAGGGAGAGCCGGGUCUCAAAGGUGAAAAGGGGGAAAUUGGAUCUCCAGGGAAAAAGGGUGUUGCAGGAAUAUCUGGCCGAAAUGGAACAGAUGGACAGAAGGGAAAAAUCGGGAGGAUUGGCGCCCCUGGUUGCAAAGGUGACCCAGGUGACAAGGGUUCUGAUGGCUAUCCCGGAGAUGUUGGUGAUUCUGGUCUUUCAGGGGCUCCGGGAGAGAAGGGAGAUCCAGGUCGUGCAGGAAGAUCAGGUCCACCCGGCCCACUUGGAGACACUGGACCCAAAGGAGAAAGAGGAGGCCCCGGAUCACCUGGAGUUCCUGGCUUGAAAGGACCUGCUGGGGCGGCCGGGAGACUAGGACCUAAAGGCGAACCUGGGAGACAAGGUGACUUUGGACCUAAAGGCGGCACUGGACCAAAUGGGCUGAAAGGGGACAAGGGUGAACCAGGCUCUGAGGGGCCGAGGGGUCUGGCAGGUGAAGUCGGUGACAAAGGAUCUAAGGGCGCUAUAGGACUUCCUGGACCAAGAGGCCCACCGGGAGCUCCUGGGGAAGCAGGAAGAAAUGGUACUCAAGGUGACCCAGGUGAUGCAGGACCAAGAGGAGAUCCUGGCCCCCCGGGACCAAAGGGAGAUUCAGGCAGACCUGGGAUCAGCUAUCCUGGACAGAGAGGACCUACGGGUGACAGAGGCAACAAAGGUGCACCAGGUCCCAGAGGAAGUAGAGGAGACUGUGGAUCAAAGGGAGACCCAGGCCCCAAAGGAACUCCAGGAGGGCCAGGAGAGCCCGGACCCGGUGGAGAGCCUGGACUGAGAGGGCCGAGAGGAGAUGAAGGAAGAGACGGUGACCCUGGUCCAGAGGGAGACCCCGGCCUUACUGAAUGUGACGUCAUGAACUAUAUCAGAGAGACCUGUGGAUGCUGUGAUUGUGAGAAGAGAUGUGGCGCUCUGGAUAUUGUGUUUGUGAUUGACAGCUCAGAGAGUGUGGGAUUGACGAACUUUACCCUGGAGAAGAACUUUGUCAUCAACACCCUCAACAGACUAGGAUCCAUGGCAAAAGAUCCCAAUUCUGAAACAGGAACUCGAGUCGGCGUCGUCCAGUACAGUCACAACGGAACAUUCCAGGCGAUUCACCUCAACGACUCCAAGAUCGACUCUUUGUCUGCCUUCAAAGAUGCCGUGAAGAAGCUGGAGUGGAUCGCCGGAGGAACGUGGACUCCUUCGGCCCUGAAGUUCGCCUACGAUAACCUGAUCCGUGACAGCCGUCGCGCAAAGUCUAAAGUGACGGUAGUUGUGAUCACAGACGGCCGGUAUGACCCACGCGAUGAUGACAAGCUGCUCAAUUACCUGUGCACAGACACCAGCAUUGACGUGAACGCCAUCGGUAUUGGCGACAUGUUCGAUCAGCCAGAGGAGAACGAGAGCCUGAAGUCCAUCGCGUGCAGAAAAGAUGGCAGGGUCAUGGGCAUGAGGCGAUUCGCUGAUCUGGUCGCGGAGGAUUUCAUUGAUCGAAUUGAGGCCGUUCUUUGCCCAGAUCCAGUGACUGUAUGUCCUGACCUUCCAUGCAGAAGUGAUGUGGCAUCUUCGUGGAAUGGGUAUCCCUUACACGACGCCCUUGCAGAGGAGGAAAAUGACAGUCCUGUCCCGAACACUGUACCGAGCGUGGCAAACUUAAUCAACAAUCUACAAGAGCUCAAGCACCCCGAUGCCUACACCAGGGCUGUAGCUACAUUGGCUUACACGGCCCAGAGAGCGAAACAGGCGUCUGGACCUGAAAAACAGAAAUGGACCGACCUGUUCACUGACACGUUUAGAGUCGUCUAUUCCGACAUCAUGGGAGACCCAAACAAGGCUCUGGGCUUGUGUUAGGCUUCUGAUAUGGAUCGGCCAUUUCUAAAAGAAUUGGAAGCCCUUGGCCUCGCUGUGGAGUUGUGCUUAAGAAUGAAUUUAGUUUCUGUCAGCAACCAUUUCUGCAUUAACGACUAGAAUGCAAUGCUAAUACUUUUCUUAGUUUGCAGGAAACAAGCAUGUAAAAUAGUUAACCUCAUGGCCAGAUUAACAACCACUAACUCUACUAACCUGUGCUACGAGCAGUUCCUUGCUAAGAAAAUGUGAAACGGCAAUCGCGUCUCUUUGCCUCAAUGCCUGUUUUUGUGGUCCUAUUGAAGCGGAAUGAACAUUUCUAAACAGACUCUUGGACACUUUGCACGUGCAACAUGCUAGUUUAUGUUAAUUUGCUUGAAUCCUCAGGGUCUCUAUGAUUUGAAGGCAUUUUCAUCUUAUAAAUGUGACAGGAGAUGUGUCAGUGUGAUGCAUCUAUACAGAUUACAUGUAUUGUGAGCUUCACGAUAAUCGCUGAAAUCAGUUUUGCACUUUGCACAUCAUGGCUGAAUUCUGAAGCCAAGCCCCCCUGUAGCUUCUCAUAGAUUUUGGACAAUAUUUAUACAAGCUUUUUAGAUGCUAAACCAUUAUUGAUCAUCAGAUGUCCUUGGUAUAUGUAUAUGUAUAUAUAUAUAUAUAUAUAUAUAUAUAUGUGCUGCUAUGGCAAUUCAGUCUUGCUUUAUGUAGACUCCUUACAUGAAUGUUUAUGGCCAUCUAUGUGUCAUAUGUUGUAUGUGCAAUUAUUGUUUUUGGCAGUAAAUGCAUAGCAAUAUGAAUAAGGUCCAAUACUGCACAUCUAUGGCAUUGCUUAUGCAUGAGAGACUCACUGAAUGUGUCUGAGCUUUAUGAGCUAAUAGGAAUUCAGAGGGACAUAGUUUCAUUCAAAUAAUGAGACUUUGUCUUAGUAACAAAAGUAACUUGUGUACAUUUAGUUACAAUAAUUAUACAUAUAUUACACUGUAUAUUAGAAAUGUACAAUGAGAAAUGAUAUAAGUUCGUGGACUGCAAGAAGUGUUGCAAGAAGAAAUUUGUUACAAAUAAACAUAUACGUAUUUAGCAAUCAAAAGCUUUUUUGUUAGAUUUACUCUUAUGUUAUCUUUUGGAUAUAACGACCCUUUUGUAAAAUUGUCACAACAUUUCAGACUCAUGUAAGUGCAUUUCUUUGAUGUGACAUUAGCAACAUUUAACGUGCAGUCUCUGUUUCAAAUGCAUGUUACGCUUCAGAAAAAUCUCUUUUUUGUUUUGUUUUUCCAGUAAAAAUAUCGAAACAUUCUUAAAACAAGAUAUAUAAUUGAUGCGAAAUGGCGGAAGAUAUUCAAUCUUGUUUUCAGAGAAAUCUAACAAAAUUUUGUAUUGCAAAAAUUUAUAAUGAAAAAAAUGGGGUAAUUUGUCAAUGGGGUAAUAUAAGAAAAUAACUUGAUUAAAAUCGAAAACAAGAUUAUUUUUCCUUCCCCUUUGGCAAAUAGUUUUUUUCUUGUUUUAAGCAUUAAUCACACCAAUUUUAGUGAAUUUAUCUAAAAGCAAGACGUAAUUUCUCAUGCCAUUAUUCUUCUCAAGUCAUUUUCCUUGUUUUAAGGAUGUUUCGAUAUUUUUAUAGAAAAGUUAAAAAUAGUCCUUCAAAAUACAUACAAUUUUAUUUAAUUUAGUUGUAUUUAAUUAUUUAAUUCCUUUAUUUCUUUUAUUUAUUUGUAUUUUUUUCUGAUUUUUUUGCACUGUUGUGCACUGACGCGUUUGUGCUUCACAUGAGGCUAAAGUUCCAUUAUAGUGACGUUUAUUUGAAUAUUUGAUCUUGUCAGAUUAUGAAAAUGUAUAUGACUAUCAUAGAUUGUCUCAGUAUUGAGUGGCAUGAGAGCAUAAAAUCAGCUCAUGUAGGGAGACGUCCUCUGACAAACGAACCAGGGAUCUUUUAGGUUGGACUUUGUUCAGCUCCAGACAAAAUCAGUCUCAAGAGUUUAACUAAGACCAACAU